AUGGGAUCCCUGACAUCUUUACCUAAGGAUUAUCAACAUACACCAACUGUGAAUCGGCCAAGCAGAAAUCCAGGGGAAGAAGAUGGCAAGGGGGGACCAGAUGAUAGACUUGUCAGGAUCCGCAACAUAUUUACACUCUGUGGAAACUACAGAGAGCGCUCUCAACAUGUGACAAGUCCAGCACCUACUGUUGCAUCAGUUAAAUCAGAAAAUGAGCAGAAACUGACAGAAGGGAUAAACAAACGUCGAGUAUGUGAUGAGAUGGCAUUGGCUUCCAGGGAGAACUACAACCCUUCAGAUGUGGUCACUGAUGCAGAUACUGAAGUGUAUGCAGGGAAGUUCAUUACAACAGUUAAGGUUGUAAAACAUGCAAGCCUUGCUGACCUGCGAAAGUUGAUUGAAAUUUAUCUUGGUGCAGACAAUCAAGCAUUCACUUUUCUGAUGCUUGGGGUAUGUCAUUUCUAA